AUGCCUCGCGCAAAGUCGGUCAAACCCGAGGCGGCGCCCAAGCCUGAGCCCGAUCUCCAGCAAGUUAUGGUUGAGAAGGCCGAAUUCACUCGCACUCGCGAUGCGCUCGUCACCUCAUGGGUCGCCCUCGCAAACGCCCUUAAGAAUGCCACCUCCGCCUACAUUGACCACUCCAAUGCUUGGCUUGGAGGCACCGUCGACCUCGAUCCCGCCAUGAUGGACCUCGGCGCAUUCCUCCAGGCUGGUGCACUCGUCACUAUCGGUGGAGGACCUCCUGCAGCUCCUGAGAAGAAGCAGAGAAAGAAGGCUGAGCCCAGAGACCCCAACCAGCCCAAGCGUCCCCUCACCGCCUACCUCUUGUGGCUGGGCGAGAACCGCGAGAAGAUCCACUCCGAACUUGGCCCUGAGCAGAAGAGAGGCGAGAUCUCGUCAGAGGGCACCAAGAGAUGGAAGCUGCUUCCCGAGGAGGUUAAGCAGAAAUACAAGGACGCAUACGUAGCUUCGCGUGACGUCUACAACAAGGAGCUCGCAGACUACAAAGCCAACGGCGCCCCCGUUGUUGCUACCAGUCCCGAUGCUGAUGAUGACGAGGACGACGAAGAUGCCGAGGCCGAGGAGCACGUUCAAGUCGCUGCCCCCGCUGCCGCCGAGUCUGACGACGACUCUGAGGAUGACAGCACCUCGGACGAGGAAGAGAAGGAGCCCACUCCUCCCCCAGUUAAGACCCCCAAGUCCGCCUUGAAGAGUGGUCGCAAGAAGGCUGCUGCCCCUGCCUCGUCUCCUCCCCUUCCCACUUCCAGCCCCACCAAGAAGGGUGCUUUCACCGCCGUCAACGGUGCCAACAAGCGCAAGAGCAAGACCACCGACGCCGAGGCCGUCGUCGAGGAGCCCAAGAAGAAGCGUGGUCGCAAGGCCAAGGAGGAGGAGGCUCCCGUCUCUACCCCUGCCGAGGUUCCCGCCAGCGCAAAGAAGGACAAGAAGGAGAAGAGAAAAGGGCCGCAAGAGUGUCGGUGGUGA